AUGCGGUUGCUUGUCGUAGUUGUUGCCAGUGUGGUUAUUGUAAAGGGUCAGAACUUUGCCUCAUUACUAGGUCCUCUGUUUGGUGGAGGCGGUGGCGGAGGACUUGGGAACAUAUUAGCUAGUUUCGGUGGCGGUAAAGCUCCAGACAUUGGCAAUCUUAUUCAAUUAGGAGCUGGAUUUCUAGGGAAAGGAGGAGGUUUACCGCCACUGCCAAGUCUCCCACCGCCAGUUCCGACGUCUGCUCCAGCACCCGCACCAGCACCAGCACCAGCACCCGCUGGCGGUCCAACCAACAUCGCCGUUCCGGACUAUUCAGACUACGAAGGAGAACUUGUGAGCACUGCCACCGCCAGUCCGUAA